AACUCCUCUUCCUCCCUCUUGCCUAUGGAUCGUCAGCCGGAGAGGGAGAAUGAUGAACUACCGUCUCCGGUGAUAAUAUCCGACCGAGUUCUGGUAAAUGGUGUUGUCACGCCGUUAACUUUGACCGCCGACGGAGAGCUACGAUCGACGGAAUCUGGACGGCGGAAAUCGACGGUGGCGAAAGAAAUCCUGAGUUUUGUCGUGGAAGGUAACAAGGUUAGAGUAAAGACUUUGGUGGAGAGACGAGGAGGAAUUUGCUGUGGAGGAAGUGGGGGAGAUUAUGCGAGGAACGAUUUCGUUUUCGAGCCUCUCUCUGAUGAAUCUAGAAAGCUAUGGUCCGAUAAGCUCCAUCAACACCUCGACUCUCUCGGUCGGCCAAAGAAAUUGCUUGUGUUUGUGAACCCAUUUGGCGGGAAGAAAUCAGCGAGAAAGAUUUUUCAAGAGGAAGUGAAGCCAUUGUUUGAAGAUGCUAAUAUUCAACUUGAGAUUCAAGAAACCAAGUAUCAGUUGCAUGCAAAGGAGAUUGUUAGGUCUAUGGAUGUAUCGAAAUAUGAUGGUAUUGUUUGUGUAAGCGGCGACGGCAUCCUUGUUGAGGUUGUAAAUGGACUGCUUGAAAGAGCAGACUGGAAAACUGCCUUAAAGUUGCCAAUUGGAAUGGUCCCUGCAGGAAGUGGUAAUGGCAUGAUUAAAUCAUUGUUGGAACCGGUAGGGCUUCCUUGUAGUGCAACAAGUGCUACGAUUUCGAUAAUUCGAGGUCGUACACGUUCUCUAGAUGUAGCAACUAUCUCACAAGGGACUACCAAAUUCUUCAGUGUCUUGAUGCUUGCUUGGGGUUUAGUGGCUGAUAUAGACAUCGAGUCAGAGAAGUUCAGAUGGAUGGGUGGUGCUCGCUUUGAUAUCUAUGGUCUUCAGAGGAUAAUAUGUUUAAGACAAUACUAUGGACGAAUUUUAUUUGUGCCAGCUCCUGGGUUUGAAAGCUAUGGGCAACGAGCCAGUUGCAGUGUAGAUAAAGAGUUAUCUGGUAGUGAUAAGGCACUCGUAUACCAAGGACCUGAUACUAAACUCGAAGAUCUGGAUUGGAGAGAAAUGAAAGGCCCAUUUGUUUCAGUAUGGCUUCAUAAUGUUCCCUGGGGUGCUGAGAACACUUUGGCAGCUCCUGACGCAAAGUUUUCUGAUGGCUUCCUGGAUUUGAUUGUCAUGAAAGACUGUCCUAAACUUGCCUUGCUAUCACUUAUGACAAAGUUGAGUGAUGGAACACAUGUUCAAUCACCAUAUGUAUCCUAUCUAAAGGUGAAGGCAUUCGUGCUGGAGCCAGGUGCACGCAUAGAUGAACCAGACAAGGAAGGAAUCAUUGAUUCAGAUGGAGAGGUUCUGGCAAGAGGAAGAAAAUCAUACAAAUGCGAUCAAAAGGCUUUGAUGUCUUAUGACAAGCUUCAGAUAAGUGUUGAUCAAGGUUUAGCCACUCUCUUCUCUCCUGAAUAAUUCUGAUUGAUACAUGAGAUGAGAUGAAGUUGUCCUUUGCGGCUAUAAUUUGAUUGAUGGACAUUAUUACAGUACAACAAAUUAGAAGCAAGCAAAGAGAUGAUUUGUGUCUUAUAUAGUAAAAUCCCUAAAGAUUGCCAUUGAGUGUAUUGUUUAUUGAUUUUUCAUUUUUGUAUCUUUCAAGUGUAAACUUUGUGUGUUGUUUGUUGUAUUGCAGUCUCGAGAUAGUAGAAUUAUCAUUUUUUUUGUU